AUCUAAGUUAUGUCCCUUCCAAAAUGGAUGCGCCCAUCACAAUUUCAUAGAGUUUCAGAUUUUAAAAUAUUUAAGCACAUAUUGCUGAAUAGUGAUUUAUAACCACAAGCACAACAAGGCUGGGUUAUUUUAAACUAACACAGACGACUGAAUGUUUAGGCUCUUUCAACUAACGUGAAUGAAACUUGUAUUUUCUUUAUGCACAUUCAUAAAUGGAAAGAGGAAUACUUCAACUGUAUUGUUAAAUUGCAUAAGAAAUCUUAAACAGUCAGACACAUUUAUAUCAACAAUGUCAGAUUUAACAGCAUCUAAGCAAACCACAGAUGAAGAUGGUGCUAUCCCAGAACCUGUUCUCUCCAAAAGAGCACAAAGAAAGCAGAAGAGGCUUUUUGCCAAAGAAAGAAGAAAAGAGAUGAAAAAACUAACAAAAGGAUUAACAAAUAAUAAAGAUCCAGGAUUUGACAAAAGCCUGUUUGAUGCUGCAGAGUAUUAUUUUGAAAAUGGUUUGAGAAAAGUGUACCCAUACUAUUUUACAUUUUCAUCAUAUUGCAAACAGCGAUGGAAUGGUAAAACAGUACUAGAUAUCUUUACUAACGACUUUCAUGGAACAGAAACAGAGGAAUACAUUGAUGCUAUUGAGAGUGGCAGAGUAAAAGUAAAUGGUAAACCAGUAUCAAUAGAUUACAAAGUUAAAAAUCAUGAUUUUCUGGAACAUACUCUUCAUAGACAUGAAAACCCUGUUAGUGGAAGUCCACUGAAGAUUAUACAUGAUGAUAAAGAUGUUGUAGUUAUCAAUAAGCCACCUUCCAUUCCAUGCCAUCCCUGUGGAAGAUAUAGAUUUAAUUCUAUAGCCUUUAUAUUAGGCAAAGAAUAUGGAUAUCCUAAUCUUAGAAAUAUUUAUAGAUUAGAUCGCCUAACGUCAGGUGUUUUAAUUUUAGCCAAAACACCAGAAAAAACGAGGCAACUUGAAGAUGAAAUAUUUGGUAAACAUGUACAAAAGGAAUAUGUUUGUCGUGUGGUGGGAGAAUUUCCACAAGAAGAAAUAAUUUGUGAUCAGCCACUUGACUUAAUCAGCCACAAAAUUUCCAUGAUGAGGGUAAAAUCUCCUGGCAAACCAAGUAAAACUGUCUUCCAGAGAUUAAGUUAUAAUGGAAAAUCCAGUGUUGUCAGAUGUUUACCUUAUACAGGAAGGACACAUCAGAUAAGAGUACAUCUGCAAUACCUAGGAUAUCCCAUAGUAAAUGACCCUUUAUAUAAUAGCCCAGCAUUUGGACCUAAUAGAGGAAAAUGUGGUGAAUUCUGGAAAUCUGAUACAGAGAUUACAGAUGAAAUACAGAAUUUACAUAGUGUUGGUUUAUGGUAUGAUGGAGAAAACCCACUAUAUCAUAAACGAUUAAAUGAAAUAAAAGAAAGUCAAGGUAAUCAAGAGUCCAAAGAAAAAAUAGAAUGUAUAGACGGUGAUGUUAGAUGUACAGUGUCAGAGGUGAAAUCUGGAAUGGGAAGUUCAGAAAGUGAAACAAGAAACGAUUCUAUUAAUAGUAAUACAGAGGUGGAUAGUUCAGAACCUCGGGAAAAGAAAGCUAGAAUUGAUCAUACAGAGACAGAAAAAAAAAGUAGAAACAGUGAUGAAGUAACAAUCCAAGAAAAAUCUAAUGGUUCAGAGUUCAUAUCAGAAUCUGGAUUAGAUGAUGAUAAAAAUAGAGGUGAUAAUUCUGAGUCACUUGACUGUAAUAGAGAGAUGUCAUGUACAGCAGCUAAGGAUGAUGUGGAGAAAACAAUUGUUUAUCAGACUUUUGAUGAAUCAAAAUGGAUUCCUAAUGAACACUGUAGUAGCUGUAAGAGGAAUUAUAUAGAUCCUGGACCAAAGGAUCUAGUCAUGUAUCUUCAUGCAUUGAGUUAUAAGGGAUCAGACUGGGCGUAUUGUACAGCAUUACCAGAAUGGGCUAAAGAGGACUGGGUUGAUGACACUUCUUUAUAACAUAUGCUAUUUUAGAAUAAAAGAAAUCUUCUA